AUGGCUUUAGACUUUUCCGCUACAUAUAAACUAUUAGUUUUAGGAGAUUCCAACGUAGGAAAAACAUGUAUUGUGCACAGAUACUGCGACGAGAGAUAUUACGAUAUUUACAUAUCCACAAUAGGCAUAGACUUUAAACAGAAGAUAAUAAACCUCGAUGGUGUCCCAAUAAAGCUUCAGAUAUGGGACACAGCUGGACAGGAGCGAUUUAGAACCCUCACCACAGCAUACUAUAGAGGAGCGAUGGGAAUUAUUCUGAUGUAUGACAUCACCAACCUCGAAUCUUUUAAUCAUCUCUCUUAUUGGCUGCGGAAUAUACAAGAGUAUGCUUCUCCGGAUGUAAUUAAAGUUCUUGUGGGCAAUAAAUGUGAUGUCCAUGAAAACCAUAGAGCUGUACCUAAAGAAAGAGGGCAAAAGAUCGCAGAUGAUUUCGAUAUGCCUUUCUUCGAAGUAUCCUGUAAAAACAACAUCAAUAUAGAAGAAGCAUUCUUAACGUUAGCCAGAAAAAUUAGAGAAUACAGAGAGACAAAGGCGGAUGCUUUUGAACUGAAGGAAAGAGAUAGCGUGAUAAAACCAUCUGAAUCUGAAACAGACGUGUCAAAAUGUAGCUGUUAG